AUGCUUCAAUCAGGAUUAACGAGACGAUUCUUCUCAGCUGCUUCAUCAUCCCGUGUGUUUAGCUCAUGCUCUGUUCAAUUCCGAUGGAAUAAUUUUACGACAACAUUCAUACAUCAUCAGCAUGAAACAAUUACUAGGGAUUAUGCUAGAAAAAUAACCAAAAAAGAAUCACCAGGCUCGACAGAGGCAUCCAUUGAUUCUUUAUUAGCAGAGUAUGAAAAACGAUCAAAACAUUAUGAAGCUGAAGUGGUCGAGAAGAAGCCAAGGAAGAAAGUUAAAAAAGUGUCAUCGUCGUCGCCUGUUACUACUACAACAGUGGUUGAGGAACAAUCUAUUCAAGACAUUAAUUCAAUCGAAUUACCACAUGAGCUGCAACAAGAGGUAGAACCCUCUUCUGUAGAAAUUCCUGUUGUUGAAAUGCCUGAGGAGUUUAAAGAUAGAUAUCCGGAAGACACACUGAAACUGUUAACUACAGAGGAGUCCAAACGUUUAUUAACAAUUUAUGAAGUGUGUGAAUUGAUGGACAAACAUUUCGGUUUGGAUUUAUUAGUAAUGGAUCUGAGCGAGAAGUGUUCAUUUGCAGAAUAUUUAGUUUUUGUUACUGGAAGCAGUUACAGACACAUGAAAACAUUGGCUAAAAGUGUUGUUGAUGCUCUUCAUGAACGACAACUCUAUAAAUUAAAGCCAAAAAUUGAAGGUGAAACGGAUACAAAUUGGAUGGUCGUCGAUGCAGGUAAUAUUGUUGUACAAGUUUUUUCUCCAGAAGGACGACGAUCGUACGACCUUGAAAGAAAGUGGGCCUUCACCACAAAAGCAGAAUUUGAACCAACUCUCGAGCAGCUUUCCAAGCUAAUGGAUCAAGAUAUAAAGAAAAAGAAGAAAAAGUAA